AAACAGCAAACAAAUUUGUUUGUAAAUUAAAUUAAAAAAAACCUUUUUUUUGUUUGCACAAGACCUGUUGAGUACUUGUACUUCAAUGGACUAUUACAAUAUUUCUUACCAGCAGCCAGGCAGACAAUAUAUUUUUUUUUUUUUCUACUUUUGAAGGAGAAUGGAGAAUGUAAGCUCAGCCUGCACCCACUUCUGUUUUGAUCUGUUCAAGAAGAUAAAUGAAAAUAACUCAACUGGAAAUCUCUUCUUCUCCCCUAUAAGUAUAUCAUCUGCAUUGGCUAUGGUUUUUUUAGGAACGAAAGGUAAAUCUGCACAACAACUAUCCAAGACUCUGCAUUUUAAUGAUGUGAAGGACCUCCAUUCAACUUUUCAAGCCCUAAAUGCUGAAAUUAACAAGGAAAACUCUAUGUAUGCCUUAAAUCUGGCCAAUAGGUUGUUUGGAGAAAAGACCUUCAGCUUCCUUCCAGAUUUUCUGUCAUCUAUCAAAAAACAAUACAAUGCUGACCUUGGGACUGUUGAUUUUUUUUCUGCGGCGGAAGAUGCCCGAAAAGAAAUUAACAAAUGGGGUUCAGAGCAAACCAAAGGUAAAAUUCCUGAAGUGUUGCCUGCAGGGGCAGUAGACUGCAUGACCAGACUGGUGUUAGUGAAUGCCAUUUACUUUAAAGGCAACUGGGCUACACAAUUCAAUGCUAAAGACACCAGAGAUAUGCCUUUCCAGUUCAAUAAGAAGGAACAGAAGGUCGUAAAAAUGAUGUAUCAAAAGGAAAAACUUCCCUUUAACUACAUUCCUGAAAUCAAAUGCCGCAUCUUGGAGCUGCCAUACGUGGGCUAUGAAAUCAGCAUGAUUAUCAUAUUGCCAGAUAAUAUUAACGAUGAUACUACUGGACUGCAGCAGCUUGAAAAGGAGCUAUCUUUAGAAAAAAUCAACAAAUGGACAAAAAAUAUGAUGUCUGCAGAAGUGAAGAUACAUCUACCAAAGUUCACACUGAAAGACAGUUACAAGCUUAAAUCACAGUUAGCUGGGAUGGGAAUGUGGGAUAUUUUUGAUGCAGUCAGUGCAGACCUUACUGGGAUGUCAGCGUCAAAUGAUCUCUUUUUAUCAGAAGUGAUUCACAAGUCAUUUGUGGAAGUAAAUGAGGAAGGAACAGAAGCUGCUGUUCAUACCUCUGCUGAAAUUGCACAAAAUUGCAUGACAAUGGAAUUUAAUGCUGACCACCCUUUUCUAUUCCUUAUUCGUCACAAUGCCACAAAAAGCAUUCUGUUCUUUGGAAGAUAUUCCUCGCCAUGACAACAAAGUAAGGAAUGUUCCUCACACAUCAUCAUUGUCAGAAAUCUUACUAAUUAUAACCAUUUAUUUUUUGCUUACUUUAACCAAUAAAAACCCAAUACAAGUGUU